GGAGGCAGCUUCCAUGGAGCGGAGGGAAUGCCAGGACCCUGCCCAGACAGACGUGGGCCAGCCUCUGCACCGACAGCCAACGCGCAGAUAGCAGAGCCCUCCACCGGGGUGAACCAUGAUUCCAGUGACGGAGCUCCGCUACUUUGCGGACACGCAGCCCGCGUACCGGAUUCUGAAACCAUGGUGGGACGUGUUCACCGACUACAUCUCCAUCGUCAUGCUGAUGAUUGCCGUUUUCGGUGGGACGCUGCAGGUCACCCAGGACAAGAUGAUCUGCCUGCCUUGUAAGUGGGUCACCAAGGAUUCCUGCAAUGACUCAUUCCGGGGCUGGGCAGCCCCCAGCCUGGAACCCACAUACCCCAAUGCGACAAUCCUGCCCACCCCUGACACCGGCCCCACAGGCAUCAGGUACGACCUGGACCGGCACCAGUACAACUAUGUGGAUGCCGUGUGCUAUGAGAAUCGGCUCCACUGGUUCGCCAAGUACUUCCCCUACCUGGUGCUCCUGCACACCCUCAUCUUCCUGGCCUGCAGCAACUUCUGGUUCAAGUUCCCACGUACCAGCUCGAAGCUGGAGCACUUCGUGUCCAUCCUGCUCAAGUGCUUCGACUCGCCCUGGACCACGCGAGCACUGUCCGAGACCGUGGUGGAGGAGAGCGACCCCAAACCGGCCUUCAGCAAGAUGAAUGGCUCCAUGGACAAGAAGUCCUCCACGGUCAGCGAGGACGUGGAGGCCACCGUGCCCAUGCUGCAGCGGACAAAGUCGCGCAUCGAGCAAGGCAUCGUGGACCGCUCGGAGACGGGCGUGCUGGACAAGAAGGAGGGGGAGCAGGCCAAGGCGCUGUUUGAGAAGGUGAAGAAGUUCCGGACCCACGUGGAGGAAGGAGACAUCGUGUACCGCCUGUACAUGCGGCAGACCAUCAUCAAGGUGAUCAAGUUCAUCCUCAUCAUCUGCUACACCGUCUACUACGUGCACAACAUCAAGUUCGACGUGGACUGCACCGUGGACAUAGAGAGCCUGACAGGCUACCGCACCUACCGCUGUGCCCACCCGCUCGCCACCCUCUUCAAGAUCCUGGCCUCCUUCUACAUCAGCCUGGUCAUCUUCUACGGCCUCAUCUGCAUGUACACGCUGUGGUGGAUGCUGCGGCGCUCCCUCAAGAAGUACUCGUUCGAGUCCAUCCGCGAGGAGAGCAGCUAUAGUGACAUCCCCGAUGUCAAGAAUGACUUCGCCUUCAUGCUGCACCUCAUUGACCAGUACGACCCGCUCUACUCGAAGCGCUUCGCCGUCUUCCUGUCGGAGGUGAGUGAGAACAAGCUGCGGCAGCUGAACCUCAACAACGAGUGGACGCUGGACAAGCUGCGGCAGCGGCUCACCAAGAAUGCGCAGGACAAGCUGGAGCUGCACCUGUUCAUGCUCAGUGGCAUCCCUGACACGGUGUUCGACCUGGUGGAGCUGGAGGUGCUGAAGCUGGAGCUGAUCCCCGACGUGACCAUCCCGCCCAGCAUCGCCCAGCUCACGGGCCUCAAGGAGCUGUGGCUGUACCACACGGCGGCCAAGAUCGAGGCUCCCGCCCUGGCCUUCCUCCGCGAGAACCUGCGGGCCCUGCAUAUCAAGUUCACCGACAUCAAAGAGAUCCCGCUGUGGAUCUACAGCCUGAAGACCCUGGAGGAGCUGCACCUGACCGGCAACCUGAGCGCUGAGAACAACCGCUACAUCGUCAUCGAUGGGCUGCGGGAGCUCAAGCGCCUCAAGGUGCUGCGGCUCAAGAGCAACCUGAGCAAGCUGCCCCAGGUGGUCACAGAUGUGGGGGUGCACCUGCAGAAACUGUCCGUCAACAACGAGGGCACCAAGCUCAUCGUCCUCAACAGCCUCAAGAAGAUGGUGAACCUGACGGAGCUGGAGCUGAUCCGCUGUGACCUGGAGCGCAUCCCCCACUCCAUCUUCAGCCUCCACAACCUGCAGGAGAUCGACCUGAAGGACAACAACCUCAAGACCAUCGAGGAGAUCAUCAGCUUCCAGCACCUGCACCGCCUCACCUGCCUUAAGCUGUGGUACAACCACAUCGCCUACAUCCCCAUCCAGAUCGGCAACCUCACCAACCUCGAGCGCCUCUACCUGAACCGCAACAAGAUCGAGAAGAUCCCCACCCAGCUCUUCUACUGCCGCAAGCUGCGCUACCUGGACCUCAGCCACAACAACCUGACCUUCCUCCCCGCCGACAUCGGCCUCCUGCAGAACCUGCAGAAUCUGGCCGUCACGGCCAAUCGGAUUGAGGCCCUCCCCCCAGAGCUCUUCCAGUGCCGGAAGCUGCGGGCGCUGCACCUGGGCAACAACGUGCUGCAGUCGCUGCCCUCGCGCGUGGGCGAGCUGACCAACCUGACCCAGAUCGAGCUGCGAGGCAACCGGCUGGAGUGCCUGCCUGUGGAGCUGGGCGAGUGCCCGCUGCUGAAGCGCAGUGGGUUGGUGGUGGAGGAGGACCUGUUCAACACCCUGCCCCCCGAGGUGAAGGAGAGGCUCUGGAGGGCCGACAAGGAGCAAGCCUGAGCGCUGGCAGCCAGUUGGAGCAUGGGGCUGGCCCUCAGCCGCCAGCCAGCAGCAGGACCGGCCAGGAGGGCCAAGCUCUGCUCCUCCCUGAGGUCCAGGGACAGCCAGCCCAGCCUCUUGGCCAGGCAGGAGCCUGCGGCAGGCAGGAUGUGAGCUGGACCAGGGCAAGUGGACUACCUGAAGGGCUGGCCCCUUUGACCCUCUGAGACUCAUGCCCCCCCUUCCCCCCUCCCCCCAGGGCAGGCGCCUGUUGGGGGAGAUCAGAGGACUGCGCAGUAUUUGGACAAUCAGGGCCUCCUCUCUGGAGGCCAUUUCUCUGCCCCCCCCCCCCCAGCCCCCCC